GUCUCUUUGUUUCCAGAUGAGAAAGUUUUCCCAAGGGGUCUAAAAACUCCGGGGAUGAAAAUUCCCCAGCGCUUUCAUUUCUCCAGUGCCCUGAAGAGGAUGGCGGUGCUGGCGUCGCUGGAGCGCGGCGGCCUCGCCGAGCCCGCCUUCGUCGCCGCCGUCAAGGGCGCCCCCGAGACCCUGCACCCCAUGUUAUCCCACUGUCCCAGCGACUACCACGCCGUGCACCGGGAAAUCUCCCACGAGGGGGCUCGAGUUUUGGCCCUGGGCUACAAGGAAUUGGGACCCCUCACCCACCAGCAGGUGCGUGAUCUGAAGAGGGAGAGCUUGGAAUGCGAGCUGAGGUUCGUGGGCUUCGUCGUGGUCUCCUCCCCCCUCAAAGCCGACUCCAAAGCCGUCAUCAGGGAGAUCCAGAACGCUUCCCACCACGUGGUGAUGAUCACUGGGGACAACCCCCUGACCGCCUGCCACGUGGCCAGGGAGCUGCACUUCCUGCAGAAGGAGAAGACCCUCAUCCUGCAGCCUCCAACUUCCAAAGGCUCUCCGUGGCAGUGGCAAUCCCGGGACGGCUCCGUGGCUCUCCCGGCAUUCCCGAAAUCCCAGCGGGAGCUGACGGAGCCCUUCGACCUCUGCCUGACGGGGGAGGGGCUGGAGCACCUCCGGAGCCGGGAUCGGGAGCGGCUCCUGCGCCUCAUCCCACACAUCCGAGUCUUUGCCAGGGUGGUGCCCAAGCAGAAGGAAUUCGUCAUCACCUCCCUGAAGAGCUUGGGCUUCCCCACCCUCAUGUGCGGCGACGGCACCAACGACGUGGGCGCCCUCAAACACGCCGACGUGGGGGUUGCCCUCCUAGCCAACGCUCCCGAGAGAAUUCCCGAGCGGAAAAAGCGACCCCGGGACGGCCCCGGCGAUUCCGGAAGGGCCGGAAAUCCCGGAAUUCCCGGGAAUGUCAAACCCACAUCCCGAGGAGCCAAGCACAGGAUCCUCUCCCACAGGGAAGAGCACUUGGCCAUCCAAAGGGAGCGACUGAGCCAAGUCCUGAAGGACCUGGAAGAGGAACGAGCUCCGGUGGUGAAAUUGGGAGAUGCCAGCAUCGCUGCCCCCUUCACUUCCAAACUCUCCUCCAUCCAGUGCAUCUGCCACGUGAUCAAGCAGGGUCGCUGCACUCUGGUGACGACGCUGCAGAUGUUCAAGAUCCUGGCCCUCAACGCCCUCAUCUUGGCCUACAGCCAGAGCGUCCUCUACCUCGAGGGGGUCAAGUUCAGCGACUUCCAGGCCACCCUCCAGGGGCUGCUCCUGGCCGGCUGUUUCCUCUUCAUCUCCAGGUCCAAGCCUUUGAAGACCCUUUCCAAGGAGAGGCCUCUUCCCAACAUCUUCAACCUGUACACGGUGCUGACGGUGCUGCUGCAAUUCCUGGUGCACUUCCUGAGCCUCCUCUUCCUCUACCGCGGAGCCCGAGCCCGGAGCGACCCCAGGGAGGAGGAAUUCCUGGAUCUGAGCUGGGAAUUCUCUGG